GCAUCAUUUGCAUGGACCACAAAAUCGAGCUGGAGCCCGGCGCGCAGCCUACUGUAUGCACGCAAUGGCACCUGACUCAGCCGGAGCUACAGGAGUUACGAAACCAGCUGGACUACCUGCUGGCAAAAGGGUUCAUUCGGCCGAGCACGUCACCGUUUGCAGCACCGAUCCUGUUCACGCCAAAAAAGGACGGCGGACUUCGCAUGUGUACGGAUUAUCGUGCCCUUAAUCGGGUAACGAUAAAAUCGCGCUACCCAAUCCCACGAAUGGACGAACUGAUCGACAACCUUCGCGGAGCUCGCUAAUCGUGUAAUAAUUUACCUGGACGAUA